CUCGCUCUCCCUCAAAAUCUCUUCUCUCUCUACAUUCACAUAAACAACACAAGAAGAAGAAGGAGACAAAGAAGAAACGAAGAACUACCUACCUACACUCAUUAGCAAACACUCGCACAUCAACAGGAAUUAAAUGGCGCAAUUCAUGAAGCUACUCGUGACAAUUGCAUUAACAAUGGCAAUCACAAUCGCCAUCAUCACCACCACGACCACCAAAACCAACACCUCGACCGCAACAUUUGCUCUCGAAGAUCCUCUCAAGGACCAUACACCACCAGGAGCGGUUAAGGUCAGAACGAGUCGGUUCUUGGCAGAAAAAGUAGACCAAGGUCAAGGACCUAAAGCCCGUAACCCAAAUGCAGCUGACCAUUGCCACAAGGAGCCAGAGAUCUGCAGCAGCAGCUAUUACAGCACCGGGGCAAACUCUACAAUGGCUUGUUGCAACAACAAGUGUAUGGAUUUAUCAACCGACGACAAAAACUGCGGUGCGUGUAAGAACAAAUGCAAAUUCGGGCAAACAUGUUGUCGCGGUCAGUGCGUUUACGUGGCUUACGAUAAACGUCAUUGCGGUGAGUGUAACCAUCGUUGCGAACUAGGCGAGCUCUGCGUCUACGGUCUUUGUAACUACGCGUGA